UAACAUUUCCUAAGGCAGAGUUCGGUAAAGCUGCUUGGUUGAAACACGUUGUUAUUGCUUUAGGUGCUGACGAUUCUGAUGCCGGGUUUCCAAUUGCCUUGAUUAAAGUAGAAACAUCCUAUGGCUUGGAUGGCUUACAUUUCACACUGGUUUGAGCAAGAUGAUUGGUAUGAAGGACUACAAAGAGCGAACAUGUCCCAGGUGAGGCAGGUGGGGCUGCUGGCUGCCGGAUGUCAGCCGUGGAGCAGAGAUGUGUGUGCUGCCGGUGGCGACAGGUUUGCAUACUGCGCUACCCUGGCCAUCUAUGUUUAUCAGUUGGAUCACCGUUAUAAUGAAUUCAAACUUCACUCAAUUAUGUCUGAACAUAAAAAAACAAUCACAGCUAUCUCUUGGUGUCCACACAACCCUGAUCUGUUUGCAAGUGGCAGUACCGAUAAUUUAGUGAUCAUUUGGAAUGUUGCUGAACAAAAAGUCGUUGCUAAACUCGACAACACAAAAGGGACUCCUGCCUCCCUUAGCUGGUGCUGGAACGCAGAUGAUGCUGUGGCAUUUGCCUCCGACAGAGGCCCGCUCUUCAUCUGGACCAUCUCGGGACCAGACAGUGGGGUGACCGUACACAGAGACGCUCACAGUUUCCUGUCUGAUAUCUGUAUAUUCCGAUGGCACACCCGGAAAAAGGGCAAAGUUGUCUUUGGUCAUAUUGAUGGAAGUCUAUCAAUUUUUCAACCAGGUAACAAAAGCCAUAAACAUGUUCUGAGACCUGAAUCUCUUGAAGGGACAGAGGAGGAGGACCCGGUGACCGCCCUGGAGUGGGACCCACUGUCCACCGAGUAUCUUCUUGUGGCCAAUCUGCAUUAUGGGAUUCGCCUCGUCGAUUCGGAAUCCCUUUGCUGCAUAACAACAUUUAAUUUUCCCAGUGUCGCAGCUUCAGUGCAAUGCUUGGCCUGGGUCCCCAGUGCUCCUGGGAUGUUCAUAACUGGAGAUUCUCAAGUGGGUGUUUUGCGCAUUUGGAAUGUUUCAAGAACAACACCUGUUGAUAAUUUUAAAUUAAAGAAAACAGGAUUUCACUGCCUACAUGUACUUAAUUCUCCUCCAAGGAAAAAAUUCUUGGAUGGUGGAGUUGGACUUUAUAACAUGGGAGCCAAGAAAUGGGAUUUUCUUAGGGACUUGGGUCACGUGGAAACCAUCUUUGACUGCAAAUUCAAACCUGACGACCCCAAUCUUUUAGCCACAGCUUCGUUUGAUGGCACCAUAAAAGUCUGGGAUAUCAGCACACUGACGGCCGUGCACACUUCCCCUGGUAAUGAAGGGGUCAUUUAUUCCCUCUCAUGGGCCCCAGGUGAUUUAAAUUGUAUUGCUGGAGCAACUUCCCGAAAUGGUGCUUUUAUUUGGGAUAUUAAAAAGGGCAAAAUGGCACAACGAUUUAACGAGCAUGGAAAAAGUGGAAUAUUCUGCAUUGCCUGGAGUCAUAAAGAUUCCAAAAGAAUAGCAACCUGCAGUGGCGAUGGCUACUGUAUUAUUCGAACAGUGGAUGGUAAAGUCCUGCACAAAUACAGACAUCCAGCUGCAGUGUUUGGUUGUGAUUGGAGCCAGAACAACAAAGACAUGAUAGCCACUGGCUGUGAAGACAGAAAUGUUCGCGUCUAUUACGUGGCCACCAGCUCCGACCAGCCGCUGAAAGUGUUCAGUGGGCAUACAGAGAAAGUGUUCCACGUUAAGUGGUCUCCUCUGAGGGAGGGAAUCCUCUGCAGUGGUUCUGAUGAUGGUUCUGUUCGAGUCUGGGAUUAUACUCAAGAUGCUUGUGUAAAUAUUCUUAGUGGACACACCGCGCCGGUGAGGGGGUUAAUGUGGAAUACUGAGGUUCCGUAUCUACUCGUCUCCGGCAGCUGGGACUACACUAUAAAAGUAUGGGACACUCGAGAAGGAACUUGUGUGGAUACUGUGUACGAUCAUGGUGCAGAUGUAUAUGGUCUGACCUGCCAUCCAAGCCGCCCCUUCACUAUGGCCUCUUGCUCCCGUGACUCCACAGUGAGACUCUGGUCAUUAACACCUUUAAUCACGCCCUUACAAAUUAACAUUCUGGCAGACAGAUCUUGGGAAGAAAUUAUCGGGAACACCGAUAGCGCCAUAGAACCAGGCACCCCUCCUCUGCUGUGCGGUAAAGUGUCAAGAGAUAUCAAACAGGAAAUAGAGAAACAAACUGGCAACCCUCGCGUGAAGAAACUGAGAUGGUUUUCAGAAUGUUUGUCACCUCCAGGUGGCAGUGACAAUUUAUGGAAUUUAGUUGCUGUGGUAAAAGGGCAGGAUGAAAGCUUGCUUCCUCAGAACUACCGUAAGGGAAUAAUGCACUUGAAGCAUCUGAUUAAGUUCAGAAUGUCUGAAGCCCAAGAAUUAACCACAGUCAAGAUGUCUAAAUUUGGUGGUGGUAUUGGUGUCCCGACUAAAGAGGAGAGACUGAAGGAAGCUGCUGAAAUACACUUGAGAUUGGGACAGAUCCAGAGAUACUGUGAACUUAUGGUUGAACUUGGAGAGUGGGACAAAGCCCUGUCAGUUGCACCAGGGGUCUCUGUGAAAUACUGGAAGAAGCUGAUGCAGAGGAGAGCGGAUCAGUUAAUCCAGGAAGAUAAGGAUGAUGUCAUUCCAUACUGCAUAGCCAUUGGUGAUGUGAAAAAAUUAGUCAAUUUUUUAAUGUCAAGAGGUCAGCUUAAAGAAGCCCUGCUUGUUGCACAGGCUGCUUGUGAGGGAAACCUGCAAACUGUGCCUGUCUCUACACCUGAAGGAUCUUGGUGUUCCGCUGACACCUGCAAGGGAGACUUCAAUGAACUCCUGCAGGAGGCCUGCAACGAGCUGGCAGAGUGGUAUUUCCAGGAGGGCCGAGCAGUCCUGGCUGCAUGUUGCCACCUCGCUGUAGAUAAUAUUGAGCUGGCGAUGGCGUACCUGAUCCGUGGGAAUGAACUGGAGCUGGCCGUCUCGGUGGGCACAGUCCUGGGAGAGCCCGCAGCCCCGGCCACCCACUAUGCCCUGGAGUUACUGGCGAGAAAAUGCAUGAUGAUUCCAACGUGCUUUCCAUCUGUUGGAUACAGGAACUUGGCAGCCGAUCUCCUCCUCAUGACUCCUGACAGUGAACUGCAGUUAGUAAAGCUCUGUGCUUUCUGCCCCGGCUGUGCUGAAGAGCUGAACGAUCUUCAUGAGAAGUGCAAGCUGCCCAUGGUGGAGGAAUGUAUGCGGUUAGCUGAGACAGCCCAGGCCGAUGGCAAUACAUUUGAAAGCGUAAAGUAUUACUUGUUAAGUCAAGAACCUGAAAAGGCCCUUCCUAUUGGUAUUGACUUUGUCAAAGGACACAUCGGUAGUUCAGACUGGAGUCUAGAUACCGUUUACCCCGUUCUUGACCUACUGAGUUAUAUUCGUACUGAGAAGUUAAUGUUGCAUACGUGUACCGAAGCUCGAAAUGAGUUGCUCAUUUUAUGUGGGUACGUUGGUGCAUUGCUGGCUAUCGUAAGACAGUACCGAAGCAUCGUCCCAGCACUCUAUGAAUACACAAGUCAGCUAUUAAAACGUCGGAAAGUGUCGGUGCCUUUAAAAAUUGAACACCUUUCUGAGGAGUUGGAUGCGUGGAGAGCUUGCACACAGUCCAUCAACCGAUCAUCAGAAGAAUCUCCAUGUACACCCCCUUCUGAGUCACAAAGAAUGGUUUAUGCAACUUUACUGAAGAGGCUAAAAGAAGAACCACUCAGAGGAACUGUUGGGCCAGAUUAUGUGACUGGAUCAAAUCUUCCCAGUCAUUCCGACACUCACAUCUCCUGCCUCACGGGAUCGAAAAUCCAGGGCCCUGUAUUUUUUCUUGAAGACGGGAAAUCCACCAUCUCCUUGAAUGAUGCUUUGAUGUGGGCGAAGGUGAACCCAUUCUCGCCUCUGGGGACUGGAAUACGACUCAACCCAUUUUAAUAGAAGGUUUUUCUCCACACUUAAUUUUUUUUUUAAAGACCUUUAUGGAUUAAGAAGCCCUACAUUGUUCUUUAAAUACUUCAGAGAUACCGAGUUUAGGUUAUACGUGGGUCCCAAAGCCAGGGGUCCUGCCCUUUCCCACCCCUAGCCAGGUCCCAUUAGCCACAAGGGGAAGAGAUGAGCGCUUGAACCAGGAGAGCCCCCUGCAGCCUCCUCCCCUCGCCUGUCUGUCCAUCACCACCGUCUCCCGAGUCCCAGCCAACUGCCAGGCUCCAGCCCCCACCCUGCGGAACUGUCACUGCAGACAUCCCUGAUGGAGGAAGCUCGAGGCAGGUGGAAGGGGAGGAUGAAGGAGAGGAGACUCCCGGAACCUGAAGGUGAAACUGUGAACACUUUUUUUUUUCCACAGAAACACUGUAACUCACUCCUGUGAGAUUCUGUCCUGCUGAGUACCAUGCCGCGGACAUGUGGUGAGUUAAAGGGGUGUUUUGAAGCACUGGCCUAAUGUCUGAAUGCUAAAGUGUGCUCCAAGGAACAGCUGUCCUACCAAGCCACUGGCGAAAUGAAACUACGUGAUAAUGACGUGUGAUCAAAUGGAGUCUGGAAAAUGCUUCACUCUGUACCUCUCCUCGUUAAUAUUUAUAAUGCAUAUUAGCAUAUUAAAGGUUCUGUGAAGUCA